AUGAUAUUCCUCGGCGCAAAAUCACCGACCUCCCCCGCGGAGAAACUGAUGGAAAUCAUCGUGGCUUUGAAAUGGACCAGAUGUCUCGAGGCCAACCCGGCAGAUGUCCCGUAUAGGACCGCCUGUUACGGACAUCACUGUGCCGUCACUUGGAGGUUUCAAGGCGCGAAGUUGGCCGAGGUAGCCCUUGAGCUGUUCUACAACCCGGCGCUUUGUCUUAUCAGACAUAACAUGCCAAGCGCGGUGCAACUCUGUUCCACCAACAAUGUCCAUGGUAAUCCAAGGGACGAAGCGAAAAGAACGCGACCAAUAGCUACGCGCGUGUUGAAGAAUGGCGGUGGCGAAGUGGUUGCAAUCUCGUGA